AAGUGAAGGGGGCGGGACGGGGGGAGGGAUUUGGGAAGAGGACGGGAGAGAGCGGGGUGGGUCCUGCGCGUGACCGGGAGGGGCCGCCACUCGCACCAUGUUCAGGACUAAAAUACUGGUUUGAACUGAAAGCUACAGGCUUUGAAAAUAGAAGUAUCUGGUCAUCUUUGAACUGGAAGAGAACGAGUGAUUCCUCUGAGUCUGAAGUGUGAGCUUCUCCAAUAGGAUUUUGCCAGGCAAAAGUGCCUUGGAAGUUUCUCAGUACAGUGGAUAAAGGAAUGCAUUAGGACUGGGUGCUGUGUAGUCGGCUUGGAUUUCUUGGUAGAAGCUUUGUUUUGUUGAGGAGAUCUCCUGAUAAGGAGAUAUAAAGCUCUAUCUCCUUCCCUUGAGACAUUCAAGAGACCCAUAGACCUGCAAGGAAGAAGGCAUCUUGUACCUUCACUCAAGCUCAGUUUUGUAAUUAGAAACACCUAAAAUAAAGGCCACCAGGCCUUCUUCCAUUGGAUUGGAAAAAUCAAAGAAGAGUUGCUUCUGGAAAAGAGAGAUGGCUGAGCAAUUUCUAGUGGAGAGAACUCAUGUGAGAAGCAUGAGGCAGAUGUAAGACAACCUCAAGUAAAUGGCCACCUCUGUCUCAGCAGGGACCAAAGCAGUCUCUUGGUGGAAUUAUUUUUUCCUUUAUGAUGGUUCAAAGGUAAAGGAAGAAGGAGACCCAACAAGGGCUGGCAUUUGCUAUUUCUACCCUUCUCAGACUGCCCUUGACCAGCAGGAGUUACUCUGUGGACAGAUUGCUGGAGUUGUCCGCUGUAUUUUUGAAAUUUCUGGUUCUCCUCCCAGUCUUAUUCGCCUAAGGAAAUUGAAAUUUGCCAUAAGGGUAGACGGAGAUUACCUUUGGGUGCUGGGCUGCACUAUAGACCUCCCUGAUGUCAGAUGCAAGGAAUUCCUGGAUCAGCUGAUUGGACUUUUUAGUUUUUAUAAUGGACCCAUUUCUCCAGCUUACAAGAAUCAUCCUCAGGAAGAGCUCAGCAAAGAGUGGGAUAGCUUCAUCACCUCUAUUCUAAAAAAUACCAAUGAGCUGCACAAAAUAUUCAAUUCUCUUUGGAACUUGGACAAAACUAAGGUGGAGCCUCUCCUCUUACUAAAAGCUGCUCUCAUUCUGCAAACCUGCCAGCGAUACCCUCACAUUCUGGCUGGCUGCAUCCUCUAUCAGGGACUGAUUGUGAGUACCCAGCUGCCACCUUCGCUCACUGCCAAAAUCCUUCUCCAUCGAGCAUCAUCUCCUCACAAGAAUCUACCUGCAGGAAGGGACGCCCUUCAUGAACAUGAAUGUGCACUGCCGGCGAAUGUCCAGAUCACCCCUGUUUUCCUUACAGAAGAUGAAGCUGUUAGCCUUCGAGAUUUCCCAGUAGAAUGGAUGACAAGGUCUCCUGAAACUCUGGCCAAAGGCAAAGAGAAACCAGACUCACCGACUCAAGGGAGCCAGAGUCCUCCAGGACCUAGAGGAGUCGACCAUGGGGAUGACGAUUAUCUGGCUUGGAAACUGGCAACAGCACUGGUGGGUGACUCCGUUUGUCCAGAUGGUCCCACAGAAGCCUGUGAGGGGACAGGACAUCUGCUCAGCCAUAACUCAGAUAGCAUCAACCCCCCAAGAUUUCAAGAGCCUGCUAAGAGCCAGGGACCAGGACUCGGCACUAGCCCAGGGAAGGAGCCCGGGUUGCUCCAAAGGGAACAUGGGUCCUUCUCCCAACCUUCUGCAGUCCCCAGUCCAGGAGGUAAGGAGAUGGAGACAUCCUCAGUGCCUUUGGACUUCCCAAGUGUUUGUUCCCAUGAGGGUCAUGAUCCAUACCAGAACACCGUUAGUCCAGAGUCAACGGCAGCAGAACCUGGGUCACUAGAGGGAUCCCCUGGUAGUCUCACCUCGUGCCCUCCCAAGGAACUCAUGCAGACCCCCCUGGAAGGCCUCUGUGAAGAUGAUUUAGGGAGUCCCAGCCAGGUCUAUGCUCCCGGAGGAGGCCAUCUCCCCCACACGCCUGGCAGCCCCAUGGCCUCAUCUCUCUCAGGCUCCAAGCAUCUAAGACAGGAGGAGCUCUCUGCUGAAGAACAGGAUUCUGGUCAGCUUGUGGUAGGGGACAGCCCACAGGAGUCAGCCCAUGGACUGGGGGGCCGUUCUGGCUCACUGGGGUCUCAGGGCAGUGACUUCUCUACAAUUGGACCUGACUUGAGCUUCCCCUGGAGGAACCCUCAGCCCAUACUGGUCAAGAUGUACCUGUAUACUCACAGUGUUAAAGGGCUGGCCUUGUCCCUGCUGGCCGAAGAACCUCUGCUCAAGGAUGCAGCACUCAUCGAGGAUGUGUAUCACAGCAGCCUGGCGUCACUGAACGGUCUGGAGGUUCACCUGAAGGAGACGUUGCCCCAGGAGGAGCCUGUCCGAGCUACGUACAACUUUCUGCACUACGACAGCAUUCAGAAUGUUCUCACUGCCAACCUGCCCCAAGCACCCACUUCCCAGGAUCAACACCUUCUCCGGGCAGUCAGUUUGAUCCAUUCUGACUUCACCCAGCUGCCAACUCUGUAUGAGAUGACAGUCAGAAAUGCCUCCACAGCAGUGUAUGCCUGCUGCAACCCUGCCCAGGAAACCUAUUUCCAGCAGAUGGCCUCCCCGACUCGAAGCUCUGGUUUUCCCAGCCCCCAGGAUGGCAUUUUCUCCCUCCCUGGCAAGGCCAAGCAGAAGCUUCUGAAGCAUGGCGUGAACUUACUUUGAGCAGGAUGGAUGAUGGCUCCAGCAGAGAGGCUACUGAAGGGGCUCCUCCAGGGAGGCUGAGCUCCCGUCACCGUCUCUCAAGCCAGCCCAGGCCUGCCCUGCCCUGCCUCGGGCACGUUUGUAGGUUCUGGUGAGGUGUGAGGGAUCAGGCCUGAUUUUUGCUGAGCACUUCUUUUUCAGGGGUUUGGGGGUGUGGUGGGAAUAUUCCCUUUGAGACCAGCAGGUCCAGAGCCUUUGUGCAGCUUCCGUGGAUCUGUCAGGAAGGAGUGAGUCACCCAGGAGUUAGAGGCAGAGGCCGAGGCCGCCUGGCCUGCGAGCCUCAGAAGGUGCUGUUUGCAUUUGCUGCUACCACCGCCCGUUCUCUGGCUCCUUUUAAUCACUCUGUUGCAGGUGUAGCUUGGCCUCCUGAGCAGGCCUUGCUCCCAGGAGAAAGCUUCCUCUCCCCGUCUUACUGGGUGUGGUCAUAAUAGCAGCAGACGGUGAUGUAUUUUCAGCAGUUGGAUCAAUACGUCCACACCUGGACAGGGCUGUCCACUUCAAAGCUGUCACCUUGGGAGACCCCCCACUUGUUCCAGGGAGGUCACCAUUGCUUAGGUUAUUUGGGGCCUUCUCGAUGGAAAUAGCUUUCAGAGCCUGCAGCACAUUCUUUAAAGGUUCCCCAGUCAGGGCAAAUUCUUGAAAUAUGAGGAUACAAAUUCGAUUUUUGGAAACAACCAUAAGCCAUAUGGAGCCCCCGCUGGAGAGUAAGGUGGGCAAUCAGGCUGGGUAGUGCUGCUUCUGGUAAAAAACAGCCAUGAGCCUUGGCUGCAAAGUCGUCAUACUGUUGGUUUUCUCCGAUGCUUACGGUACAAACAGGUCCACCCCCUGCCCCCCAAGCCAUUUGGCACAAGCCUGUAUUGUUAAGUCUGGCGCUUUUCCUUUGGAGAAGGGGCCAGGGUGGUCCAGCUGGGAGGCUGCUGUUAGAGAAUCUGCCCCAGCUGACCUUUCUGGUGUUAGAAGCAAAACAUCUAUCCCAAGGCACAACCCAAUCUCUUCCAGCAAUACUUGGGAUUCCUUUUUGUUAAUCAAGACAUAAAAAAUUGUAAGGCGGGGGUGACUGGGUGGCUCAGUAGAUUGAGAAGCAGGCCUAGAGACGGGAGGUCCUGGGUUCAGAUCUGUUCCCAGACAUGGCAUUUAACCUCCGUUGCCUAUCCCUUACCACUUCUCUGCCUUGGAAGCUAGAACAUAGCAUUGAUCCUAAGGCAGAAGGUAAGGGUUUAAAGAAAAACUGUAAGACAGUGAACUGAUGUAUUAACUUUGAAGGCGCGCUGUUUAUUCUUAUUUAUAAACACCCAUUCUUAGGAAGCAAUUUGAAAUGUUACUAUAUCCCUAACCCUAAACAGUACACUUUAAUGAACAAGUUAGGAGUCACAAAUGUGUCAAUAAAUGUGCUUUGUGGACA